UCGGCUGACUCAAGAAGCCGCUCCUUAGAUACAAGUCUGCAGCCACCAUCACGCAUUAUUUACCGCAUAAGUAAACCUCGCAUUAUCCCGCUUUAUGUGCGAAUAUAACUGAAAUUAGCUCAUCAAAGUGGCGUGAGGAGACAGGUAGACUUGGGUGACGACUAAGACAGGUGUGGAGCAAGUCUAGGCACACCUGCCACUCCCCCCCACUCGUCUUAUAUCAUCUUAUCUCGCGUCUCCCGUUAUCUCUCUUCUGUAUAUCAACGGCAUCUCCUCAUUAUGACUGACGUUGAGCUAGGGGCCAACAUGGCACCUCACGAACUAAAGAACUUCUUGGGCUUUGAUUUUAGCACUCAACAGGUUAAAGCUAUUGUUGUUAAUGAGCGACUGGAGGUGCUGCAAGAGGCUUCCGUCCAGUUUGAUAAUGAUUUACCAGAGUACAGGACCCAUGGUGGGGUGCAUGUUCGUGGAGACGGUGUGACAGUGACCGCCCCCACUAUUAUGUGGGUGAAGGCCCUUGACAUGUUGAUGGACAAACUGAGAGUGGCUGGAGCGGAUUUUUCCACAAUCGCUGCCAUUUCUGGAACGGGACAGCAACAUGGUAGUGUGUAUUGGCGGAAUGGUGCUAGCAAGACUCUGUUGGAAGUCCAACCUGAUCGCUUCCUUCACGAACAGCUGGCAAUGGUCUUCACCAUUACAGAUUCACCAAUAUGGAUGGACUCGUCAACUACUGCUCAAUGUCAGGCUUUGGAGAAGGCAGUUGGAGGCUCACAGAAACUUGCCGACAUUACUGGGUCACGUGCAUACGAGAGGUUUACAGGGUCCCAGAUUGCCAAGGUUUACAAGAAUCGCAAAGAGGCCUACAAUAACACUGAAAGGAUUUCACUAGUGAGCAGUUUUGCUGCUUCCCUGUUUUUGGGUAGUUAUGCUUCAAUUGACUUUGCUGAUGGUUCAGGCAUGAAUUUACUCGAUAUCAACACGAAGACUUGGUCACAACCCUGUCUGGAUGCUUGUGCUCCAGGACUGGCAGAAAAAUUAGGGAAACCUGUUCCUGCUUCCGAGAAGCUAGGCACAAUAUCUUCAUAUUUUGUCGACCGGUACAGUUUCAAUCCUGACUGUGCUGUGAUAGCAUUCACUGGGGACAAUCCUUCCUCGCUAGCUGGUAUGUGUGUAGGUUCUGGGGAUGUGGCCGUCAGCCUGGGCACCAGCGAUACACUGUUUCUCUGGUUGGACUCGCCCACACCUCAGCUAGAAGGACAUGUGCUGGUCAACCCUGUGGACAGUGAGGCCUAUAUGGCUCUCCUCUGCUUCAAAAAUGGAUCUCUGACACGCGAAAAAAUUCGAGACGAGUGCGCCGACGGCUCUUGGGACCUCUUCAGCCAGUUGCUGGACAUGACUCCGCGGGGCAAUUUCGGAAAUAUUGGUAUAUAUUAUCACAUGCGUGAAAUCACACCUGAUCUUGAAGGCGUCUUCCGCUUCAAUAAGGCAGAUGAUGCCGUGUCACGUUUUACAAGUCAAGAAGUAGAGGUUCGAGCACUAGUUGAAGGCCAGCUGGUUGCCAAACGAGUGUAUGCAGAAAAGUUGGGAUUUAACAUAGGCAGCGGAACGCGAGUACUGGCCACUGGUGGAGCGUCAAAUAACAACAGCGUCUUACAAGUUUUGGCUGAUGUGUUCAACUCUCCCGUGUACACAAUGGAGGUUGCUAAUUCAGCAUGUCUGGGCUCCGCUUAUAGGGCGAAACACGGGAUGGUGGGUGGUACGUUCCAGGAAGUAAUUAAGAAACAAGACUUCAAACUGGCAUGCAAACCAAAUUCUGAUGCUGAUAAGGUAUAUACUCCUCUGGUAGAGCGUUUCCAGCAUUUAGAGUCGUCAGUGUUGGCUGGCAGGAAGUAGUGCGCAGAACUCGCAAAUAUCUGAGUACUGUGGAUCAUUUUGAUCAUCAUCUACUGAGGGCAAAUGUAAUCUUUCAUAGCCUGAAUGUUGUAGACAUUCAACCAUGGGUUGAAAUGCUUCAAAACUACCUGGACAAAAUCUACUUGUGAUUGAUAAAUUGCUUGAGAGAGCACAGCACAAUGGCCAACAAAAUGUGUGUGGUCAGGAUGCAUCUGCUAUAUGAAAUGAGAACACCAUACAAACAUUAAAAUCCUGAACUGAUAAAUUCACAUUAUAUGAAUAGAUGUGUUAAAGUAAAGAUAUAAUGUUCUGCUAUACAUUUCAGUUAUUAUGUAAAGUAUUAAUCUUUGUGGUCCAUAGCGAAAAGCAGCAUGAUGGAACCACAUUCCGUGUCUUAUUACACAUGACGCUUUUAAGUUAAGUAAAGCUUGUUUAUCUUGAAGUAUCCACGAGGGCAGCACAUGGUUCAAGUUACAUACUGAUAUAAUUCUUUACUUUUGUAAUUUAAUGCAUUACAAAUUUUAUUUUUUACUAAUACUGUACCUAUUACGACUUGACAAGGGUCCAGGAUGAGCCGAACCAUCAUUGCUUUCAUUUAAUUUCGCGCACGUGUGGGCUGGGUUACUGUUGUUCACGUACGUUAUGAUUUUUCUCUCUGUGCAUAUUUUAUACACAACACCGUGAAAGUUUAUAAACAGUGUGUCUGUACAGUAUAUGUAGUAAGGAAAGUCGAGUGAAAGAGGUAGUGGGAACACAUUCAAAAUACUGUAAUUAUAUGCAUAUUAAAAAUAUUUGCUUUCAGAAUGUUCCACACACUGACAUGUUUGAUGUACUGUGCCCAUAAUCAUAUUUUGGCAGUACUGUAUAUUAUUUCCAGUGCCGCAAGAAAAUUCUAUGCCUUUGUGACCAGUACGAGAUGUAGAGUUUGUAUUUAUUUGCUUUAACAUUAUGACGAAAUUUUAAUGUGUAAUAAUUUAGGGCGUUAUGCCAAGUUUCAUUUUAAAAUUUUUAGAAUACUAGUACUGUAUAAUGAAGUAUUUAUUAUACUUGCAGCUGUGUUCGCUCCAGAAAAAUGUGCAGCUAUUGUCUAUUAGGUACACUGGUUAUGCUGCUUAACUGCUUUUGCUGCAAAAAUAAACUACUAUUUAUUUACCAUAUUCAUAAUAAUUUUGUUAUUAAUUUAAUGCAUUGGCUUAUGUCUUGGAGAAUUUGAGUCAAUGUUGUAACUUAAGUCUGCCGAAAUCAAUUCCAUGCAGCAAUUUUGCUCGCUGAUUAUGAGUGUAAAGCUCUGUGCAUCAGUCAUGCUCCCAGAUUAUGACUGUAAUGCUCCAUGAAGCAGUCAUGCUCCCAGAUUAUGACUGUAAUGCUCCAUGAAGCUGUCAUGCUCCCUGAUUAUGACUGUAAUGCUCCAUGAAGCUGUCAUGCUCCCAGAUUAU